AUGUCGUCUGCAGAUACUGUCAGUCCCUCUGGCAGCGAGGCUGCACAAGCACAGGUCUCUGCGCCCGGCAGUUCGGCCUGGUUCCCACUAGGCAUGAAAGAUGGUUUCAGUCAAUGGUGGUGUAAAGUGCCUGCAGCAGCGGCCGAGCACAAGGUUCUUUCUUUUAUUCCUUAUCUCCAACAAGCACCCACCCAGCGACAGACGGGCAAUACCGCGAGUCUUCCUGAUGCCUCCACCGGCGCGGUCGAUAGCCUGCAGGCUCCUGACCUUAGCCAACAAGGAGAAGAAACUGUCAAUUCAGAUAAUGAUCCGUAUGGACCGCGUCGCUGGCGAUCACGCAUGGUCGAGCUCAGUGGCAGAGGCCGCGCUUUGAACGAAUUCUCCGUGGAACGUGUUGGCGAACAGGCUGAUCAAAAUCUCGUGAUCCUUCACGGAUAUGGCGCUGGCUUGGGCUUUUUCUAUAAGAAUUUCGAGCCGUUGAGUCGUGCCAAGGGCUGGCACCUUUAUGCUUUAGACCUGCUGGGCAUGGGGCGAAGCACCCGGCCUUCAUUCAAGAUCAAAGCCAAGGAUCGCCAGGAAGCAAUUUCAGAAGCGGAAGACUGGUUUAUUGAUGCCCUUGAAGAAUGGCGGGUCAAACAGAAGAUCGACCGGCUUACAUUGAUGGGCCAUAGUAUGGGAGGCUACAUGGCUGUUGCUUACGCUUUGAAAUACCCUGGUCGCCUGAACAAACUCAUUCUUGUCUCGCCGGUUGGUAUCCCGGAAGAUCCUUACGCAGUCAACGAGUCGAUGCCGGAACCUUCGGACUCAACAUUGGCAAACGAAUUCACUCAGGAUCAAGAAGAAAUCACCAACCCCGGGAGAAACGUAAACGGAAGCAAGCCUGUCGUUAAUGCUGGAGCGGUGAAAACACAACCUGACCCUGCACCGCGUCGAACCCUGCCGAAGAUAGUUAGUUAUCUAUGGGAUUCCAAUGUCUCCCCCUUUAGUAUAAUUCGAUGGGCUGGCCCUAUGGGACCACGGUUAGUGUCUGGCUGGACUUCACGACGCUUUUCACACUUGCCUGCCCCCGAAGCAGCGGCUUUACAUGACUAUUCCUAUUCCAUAUUUCGACUUCGAGGCAGCGGCGAGUAUGCACUGACAUACAUACUGGCACCGGGUGCCUUUGCUCGCAGCCCCCUGAUCCGACGUAUCCAAGGUGUAGGCCGACAAGUCAUUCGGCCCAAUUCCGCCGAAGCAUUGCAGCCCACUCCAGAACUGUCGCCAAGUAUCUUAGGGCCUGCUGCGGCCGCUUCGUCUGCAGCUUCGACUUCCGCAACAUCUCUGCCUCGGCGGGAGAACGGCAUACCCGUCGUGCUAAUGUACGGCGAUCACGACUGGAUGGACGUCGCCGGCGGCUUUGCAGCCAAAGAAAAGAUCGAAGAACAAAAACGGCAGGCUCUGGCUGACGCAAGCCCGGAACAACGCAAGGCAGACAAUGGCUCUGCCAAAGUGGUCGUUGUCAAAAACGCGGGCCAUCAUUUGUACUUGGAUGGAUAUGAGGAGUUUAAUCAAAUCAUCCUCAAAGAAAUGGCGGACGUACAACAAAGAGAGGCUAGAAAGGAGGUAUAA